CGGGGCCGCCUCAACUCGUUCACUCAGGGAAUCCUGCCCAUCGCCUUCUCCAGGCCGGCCUCGCAGAACUACUGCGCGCUGGAGCAGCCGGGCCCGGCGGGCGGCACCGGCGCCUGGGAGCAGCUGCAGCGGUCCCGACGUCGCCUCAUCUCCCAGAGGUCGUCCUUGGAGACGCUGGAGGACAUUGAAGAGAACGCCCCUCUACGGAGAUGCCGAACUCUCUCAGGUUCGCCCAGACCAAAGAACUUUAAGAAGAUUCAUUUUAUCAAGAACAUGCGGCAACACGAUACCAGGAAUGGCAGAAUAGUCCUUAUCAGUGGCAGAAGAUCCUUCUGUAGUAUCUUUUCAGUGCUGCCGUACCGUGACAGUACCCCAGCCGGGGAUCUGAAGCUGGAUGGAGGCAGACAGUCAGCAGGGGCCGUGAGCUUGAAAGAGGUCAUCGGCCUGGAGGGCGUGGAGCUGGGCGCAGACGGGAAGACUGUUUCAUAUACCCAAUUCCUCUUACCCACCAAUGCCUUCGGGACCCGGAGAAACACCAUUGACUCCACCUCCUCCUUCUCCCAGUUCCGGAAGCUGAGCCACCGCAGCCUCUCCAUCGGCCGGGCUAGCAGCACCCAGGGGAGCCUCGACACAGGCAGUGACCCGGGAGACUUCCUGGACUAUGACCCCAAUCUUCUGGAUGACCCGCAGUGGCCUUGUGGCAAGCACAAGCGAGUUCUGAUCUUCCCCUCGUACAUGACCACGGUCAUUGACUACGUGAAGCCCUCAGAUCUCAAGAAGGACAUGAACGAGACCUUCAAGGAGAAGUUCCCACACAUUAAGUUAACACUCAGCAAAAUAAGGAGUCUGAAGCGAGAGAUGCGGAAGCUGGCUCAGGAGGACUGUGGCUUUGAGGAGCCCACGGUGGCCAUGGCCUUCGUCUACUUCGAGAAGCUGGCCCUCAAAGGAAAGCUGAACAAGCAGAACCGGAAGCUCUGCGCCGGAGCCUGCGUGCUGCUGGCAGCCAAAAUCGGAAGUGACCUCAAAAAGCACGACGUCAAGCACCUCAUCGAUAAGCUGGAAGAGAAGUUCCGGCUGCAUCGACGAGAACUGAUAGCCUUUGAGUUCCCCGUGUUAGUGGCCCUGGAAUUCGCCCUUCACUUGCCAGAGCACGAAGUCAUGCCCCACUACAGACGCCUGGUCCAGAGCUCCUAGCACAGGCCCAGCGGAGGGGCGCGCUUACCACCGGGAGCAGCACUUACUACUGGAGAUGCAAAGCCAGAAGGGGCCACCCUGUCCAGCCGCCGCCGCUCACAACAUGUUUUUGUGGAAGCAGCACCGGAAACUUUCCAGGGAGCUUCUCGGAGCGAGGGCAGGCGGAGGCAUGGGCUGGAGACCACAGACCAGCUGGGGCCCAGGGUGGUCAAGGUCCAGCACAGCCUCUGCAGAAGGCAAGAGUUCUUCGAGGCCCAGUCCAGGCCUCCUCCUAGGUACCCCCAUACCUUGGGAGCAUCCCCCAGGACCUUCCCUCCAGACCUGUCCCAACUCUGAGUGGCAGGUGGGAGGGCAGAGGGAGAUUGGAUUUCCAGGGAGGGAGGGGGGUAGAUUGAAAGGUACCCUCACUGUGUCAAAAGAGCGUGCCAAUCUAUUUUUGUAUCUGCUAUUGGAAGUGCACUUUCCCCUGGGGCGUGGGGAUGACUGAGAGAGUGGGUGGGGCGGUAUGGGUGGGUGUGUGGGUGAUGCUGCGCCAGCCCCGGCCCCCAGACCAGUCCCCUGUUUCUAGUGCAGGCCUCGGCCUGGGGUCAAGAGCCAGGCCAACCUUCUGUUUCUGGACAGUGGCCACUCUGUCAGCACCAGACUGUUGGACACCCUCGCCCCCUUACACAGCGCCACUGUUUCUGCCACAGCUACUACCACCAGCGGGACAGAGAAAAGCUCUCAGUCGCAGACCCAGCUGCGGGGACCUUCCUAGUCUCGCUCGUGCAGGGGGGCACCACCGUGGGUGGGCAAGGAUCCCCCGCCUCGCACUUUCCCACCGUGGGUGCGGCUGGAGGGGCGCCCCGCGGUGUGCGUUCCUGUGCUCUAUGUUAGAGCGGUCACAGCACGCCCACUGUGCCAGCUAUGUCAAAAACAAAAGUGUUUUAUACAAAUCAAGAGAAGGGACAAGACCAUGGCCGCUGAGGGGAGGCUCUUGACAGCUGAGACAAACUGGGGUUUGAGCUGAAGCCAAAUGCCUCCAAGAGGCAGCGGCUCUUCACAGGGUCCCCCCCGCACCUGUGGGGUUUCAGCCCGCUGGUUCCGGCAGCCGCAGUGACCUGUGCCGACAGGUCACCAGGUGGUCGUGUCAUCUCUGGCACCAGCCCAAGAGAGGUGCCAGCCAGUCCCUGACCUAGGAAAGUCUCUGUGUCCAUGUAAAAAGAGAAUUAAAGUAUUUUCUUGUUUUAUAUAUCCAUGUAUGCGUAUACCCAUAUAUCCUAUCAGCACCUUCUUGCCCUGCAUUGAUAGGCCCGCUCAUCUGCCACCACUCCAACUCGGUUCUGACUGAGCUUUCGAGCACACGCACAGAAAGGGAGGUGGAGGGACGAGUGUGGUCAGCUGAGCUUGGGUGGACUGCAUCAUUUUGUCGGAUGAGAAUAUCGAGCGGCGGCUGGUGAAAGAGAAAAUUAAGUACUUGGGUUCUUGGAGCCCUGGAAUAUAACCAGCUGACUCCUCUGUGUUUGGCUGACAAAUGCCCUGGGUGGAAUCGCUUUUAAAUGGCAGUCUUGGUUGGGAGGAUAGCUCUUCUCUGGCUGAUCGAAAACCCUCCAUUCUCAAGUUGACUCCUCCGCCUGCGGACGCUGUGUGUCAGGACAGACCUGUGCUCCGCAGAGCUGUCUGAGACGGACUUUUAUCAGACGUAGAUCACCAGGCCUUUCUUCCGAGGUGUGUCUUGGUGCACCCACACGUCUGACCUUUAGGUUAGCAGCUGAGCACUUAGCCAUGUGCACUACCCGGACUCCAAGCUAAGCCAACUAUUAAAGGGGCAACUAUUUAAGGGGGCCUGGUGGUGGGGGGGGUUAAGCAACGGGCUGCUAAGGGCAAGGCAGGAAAUUCAAACCCAUUCGCUGCACCAAGGGUGUAAAAGGAGCCUGUCUGCUCCUUAAAGAUGUGCAGUCUUACAACCCCUGGGGAGCAGGUCUCGGUCUGCAGGGUCACUCUGUGCGGACGGCGUGGCAGUGGGUUGUCGAGGUUCAAGGUUCAUAGGCAGACUGGGAAGCAGAGAGUCUGUAAAGCCCCUCAUCACCCUGAACCUCCAAAUAUGUUCUCCAUCGUCUCUCGGGCGAAGGCAGGGUGGACAGUGUGUGUACUGCACAUGCAUCCUGUCCAAAGACAGGCCACUGGCAUCCAGAAAGGCCUUGCCCCUUCCCAUUGUCCACUCAACUCUCCUGCCAAAUGCAGGGGGCAGGGAGUCACCGUGGGGGGCACGGGCAACGGCCCAGAUGUGGUGACGGAACGCUCUGUCCUUCCUGUGCCUUAAAACCAAGCACGUAUUCUUAGAUUUGAGGGGCUUUCUUUGCUGUUUUGUUUUAUGGUGUAUUUUUUUUUUAAGCAUUUACGAGAUGGAGAUUUUAAAAGGUACCCAUUUCGGGUAUUUUUAUUUUCCCAAAGACUCUAUUUCAAUGUGAACCCAUGGUGUGGCCUGCAGGUUCCGCGAGCAGAGCUUGUGACUGGUUUUGACAUCUCCCUUUGCUUGUCCGUAGCCUGAGCCCACUGGUGCCGGGAGGGUGCGGGCUGGCUGCAGGUGUCUCCAGAACUGCCCCUGCACUUCCACUGGUGUGUUCUGGGAAAAGCCCUAGCCUCAAGCUUUGGAGGCCUGGUGGGCAGGAUUCUCAGCAGGUGGGCUCUAGCAGACCCUGAGGCCCAACCCUUGGGCCCUCCACCACAGAGGGCAGGCCUGGGCCAGCUGCCCCGAAGUCUGCCAAGUCUCUGCGUGCACAGACUCUUGUGGAGAAGCUCUGGAGUCAGCACCAGCUGCUCUGCCUGACCUGUUGCCCCAGAGCUGGUUUGGGAGGCGGGAGCAGGCAGCGGGGAUGGGGGUCUCCAAUCGUCUGUGCAGUCAGAUUGGAGCUGGCUGGUGGAGCUGCCCUUGGGAGGAAGUAGGGACAGCAGGAAGGGGCGGUGUCCAGCCGGUGCCUUUGUGCUCCUGCCUGAGCUGUGCUCUGUCCCACCCGGGACUCUGGGGGCUUUAGCACUCAUGGGCUACAGACAGCCACGGUGUCCCUGCCCCUUGGGGCCAGAAGUUUUCAUUCUCUUUCUUUUCCCGCACGAAGAAACCCUACAUGGGAACGGGAAGUCUCAGCCGGGCUCAGCGUGGGGCAGGCAGGCACUUCUUCCACACGCAGCCCUCGAACACGAGCCCUGCCUUGCUGAUUUGGGAAUGGGGGGGUUCGAAGCCGCUUCCCCUCCACCACCACCCACUCCUUCCUGUCCCUCCAUGCCCCAACAGCAAAUAAAACUGUUCCAUGCGA